GAACCAGUUAUUAGGUCAAAAUGCGAGUCGCGAUAUUUGUUCUUUGUUUGGCGGUGUUCUACGUGUCCACGUCAGGAGGCUUGCCCUUGUCCAGUGGAGGUAAUAUCUCCCGCAUUCACCGUCAAAAUGUUCAAUUUGGUGAAAGCGUACGUGACUGGUUCAGUAGAAUAAAGGCCCGGAUUCUUGAAGGACGAGGGACAAGAAACCCGAAGUUGGAAGAUCCAGAUAAACUUGGACAGGGGAAAUUUAUUUUGAUCGAUUUGAAUACUCUCAAAUUGAACCCACAGAAGGAUUGGGGAUUCAGGAUAGGCAACUGGUACUAUAUCAAUCACAACGAUGAAAAAAGCAACAAAACUCUACCUGUUCAACCCGGGGGAUUUAAUUAUGAUGAUUUGCAUGAGAUGUAUGAUGAGGGUAAGGCGGUGACUGAAGAUCUCUCAGCUGAAAAUGGCGGCGAAGGGGAGGAGGAGCAAUCCUCCAAGCCGUUGAAGCCCGAUGAGGUAUCGAUUCGAACCGAGUCACCUAACAGCGCAGCAAAAAGGGACGACGAAAACAGUAUUAAAGGUCCACAAUCUGCGGAAGUUUUAACACCUAAAGAUUAUAAAGAAUGAUUUGGAAUAAAGGAAGUACAUAUCUAAUAUAUUCUAUUGUAUAAAUCU